GAUCAGAGCGCGCAUGAAGCGUGUAGUGGAUAGCCGGCGGGCAUUUCGUUGUUUACAAUGGCAAAAAGGAAAGCAGAAUCGACUGAUUUGUUUUACUCGGAAGAGUCAGAUGACUCCGACAGUAGUACCCAGAGUGAUUUAGAGGAUAGCGAUUAUGAAAAUUCAUGUGAGGACGGUUCUGAUAUCGAAUUCAGUUUGUCUGAAGACGAAGAGGAAGCAAAUAGCGAACCGAUUGAACCUUUAGAUGUCCCGUGGGUUGAGAAUGGAAUUCCACGGCCACCGUUCCCAUAUACAGAUAGAGAAGGGGCACAAGUUCCAAUAAAUAUACAAGACCCGGUAGAUAUAUUUGAGCUGUUUUUCGACUACAGUAUAAUAAACCUAAUCUCCGAAGAAACGAACAGAUAUGCUACUCAGUUUAUCGUUCACCAUGGACAAAAACUGAAGCCGUAG